AUGCCAUCACCAACUUUUAAUCUUGCAAAUGUUAAUCAAGUUUCGAUGAAAGUUAUGUUUGAUUCUGGUGCAACAACAUCUUUUAUUAGCAUAGCAGCAUUACAACGAACAACGCAUUUACCGAUUAGGUUCACUCAACAACUUUAUUUAAUGGCAGACGGUUAUACUACUUUUGAAGUAAUUGGUACUGUAAAAAUUUUUAUUGAAUUCAAUCAAAUGAAAACAAGUAUUGUGGCAAGAAUUGUUAAUUCUUUAUGUGCUGAUUGCAUUUUAGGAAUGGAUUAUAUUAAUAAAUACAAGGUUAAUCUUAAUAAUAAAGACAAAAAAAUUCAAAUUCAUACAUUUAAUAAUAUGAUCACGAUUCCAAUGGAAGAUCAAGUCGGCAGUAUUAGAAUGUUAUGUCGAUUAAUUAAUCCGACAUGUAUUUAUCCAUAUCAAGAAAAACGAAUUAAAAUUGCUACACAAAUGUCUCUACACUCAUCAGUUUUAGUUAAGAAUCAUGUUACUUGGAUUUCAAUUUAUAAUCUAACAUCUACAGUACGUUAUUUAAAACGAAAUGUUAUUGUUGGCGUUGCUGUUAGUCCUCACAUUACUAGUGCAGUUACAACUAGAGCUCAAGCAAAAGCAAAAAUUAAUCCACACAAAUUAACUAAUACUAAACGUAAUCCUGUUACAAGAUCAUCAACAAAUGACCAACCACAGGAAGUGGUUGGUCAUGAGUUUGAUAUCUCUAUUAUUAGUGAAGCUCAAAUAGGUGAUAAAUUAUAUCAAGAAAAAGUUCUGAAACUUAAAAGUGAAUUAUUAAAGGCUUAUCAUGUUGCACCAUGGAGUGGUCAUUUUGGUUUUCGCAGUACUUAUUUUAAACUAAAACAUAAAUAUUGGUGGCCAGAUAUGAAAACAACUAUUAAGAAUUGUAUUCAAUCUUGUUCAAAAUGUCACAAUUUUAAUGCUAAUCAUCAUCAACCUGAUUUACCAUCAAAAAAUCCUAAGGAUAUUUAUACGUAUGACAAGUCACAUGUUUAUUUUCCACAUUUUACAAGAACUUUAGGUAAUUUUCAUCAAAAAUCACAAUCUAAUAUGGGCCAGAGUCAAACUUAUCGUCGAAUGUUAGAUCGUUAUCAUUCUGAUAUCCAUUACUCAACUGGUGAUCAAGUAUUAAAACGCGUUUCAAUUAAUCGUUCAAAAAUAGCUGCACUUUACUCCGAUCCUAUGACGGUUAUUUAA